AUGACGUCAUCUGCUUGCUACACCGAGAUUAACGGGCAGUGCAAUGGCAGUGUCAAUAAGUUCUCGUCGGAAGCCGCUUUGAUCUCCGGUUCCGCGUGCAAUCCAGCGGUCGACUGCGUACGCAGGACUUGGUCGUGGGACACGGGCUCCGGGAACACGAAGGAAUGGUACUAUUGGCCCAUGGACAGGGCCAGCAACACGUGCGACGGUUCGACUGGACCGGGUCUGGACAGCAGCGGGACCCAAAAGUGCAUCGACUUCGACGGCCCCAAGGUUCCCGACGACCCCGCCCAGGGUACCGUGACAAAUCAGGGGGUGUACGUGAAGCGCGACGCGAACUACGGCGGCGGCUCGUAUCCCGCCAAUUACGGCAUCUCCGACGGGCAAUACUACUGCGUCGACGACCUCAAUUUCAUCUUCACCAACCACCUCUACCUGACUGGCCGAAUUGGAGCGCUCCCAGUUGAUCGCUCCGAGCACAUGCGGGUGUUCUUUUACAUCUGGAGAACCAGAUGCACCGGGCCCGGCGGUGCGGCGCAGUUCAACGUCAUGCACAACAACGACGCGAGCUUCACCCAGUGGGCCAGCUACGCCAUGUCCACGCUGAGCGUCAACGGACAGGCUCUCGGCAGCGAGCCCUCCAAGCCCGGCCGCAUCUCCAGCGGGUACGGCUCCGUGCCGGCUGGAUACGUGAACCCCAAGGGCGUGGCCGGCACCUCGAUCCACGAGUUUAUCCACACAAUGGGUGUGAGCCAGCACGACGCCAGGUUCUCGUGCGACGUCCGAACCAUCUCGGAUAAGUUUGUCGACGAUUCAACUUGCAACAGCGUCGUUGAGUACGGAAAUCCCUUCUCCAUCAUGGGCGAUGGAAUCGCCGCGACGCACGUGUCGGCGCCCGUCAUGUACCAGAUGCACCUGCUUCACAAGGACGACGUGCACGUCAUCUACAAGACCGGCACGUACACGAUCAAGCCCAUCAACUCCCUCACCACCUCCUCGGGCGACAAGAGAGCCGCCGUGGUCCAGUACACGGAGAAGAGGAUGGACGGUUGCGAAUUUUCCAGUGCCACCCCGGGCAAAUGCAUCGGGGCCAAUCCCGACUGGACCAAGGUCCAGGCUCCCUUGUGGGUCGAGUUUCGCAUCGCGCAGGGCGUCGACAAGUCGUUGGAGUGGACCGAGUACGAGCCAAACACCAACGGCGUCAUCCUCACCCUCCAGAACGCUUACAACCACGCCCUCCUCGAUCUGCAACACGGGAAGCCAUCCUCCGAUGACACCAGGGCGCACGUCUCCCUCGACGCGGGUGAGACCUACACGAUCACCGGGAGCGUGUACGACGACACCACCGUCACCUUCAAGGACGUCACGGUCGCCGGCGACAAGAGCUCGGUGACGUUCACGGUUGAAUACACCACCGACCUCGCGAGCUUCUACGCCAACGACGCUCCGUAUCCGACCACGCGGUUCGUCACCUACCCGGCGUCGACGGUGACGUAUUCGACGCCGCCGGCUCCGUCUCCUCCUCCAUCCCCCCCGCCACCGUCACCUCCUCCCCCAGCCCCGCCGCCCACAGCCCCGCCUCCUCCCUCCGCGGCCCCUACGCCCGCGGUCAAACCUCCACCCCCGCCCGCGAAAUCUGCGGAGGAGAGGCACGAGGAGGCGACGAAGGCAAAGGAGACCCUCGUGGCGGCCGUCCCGGCGAAGCAGAAGCCAAAGGCGAAGCUCCUCGCCGACGCCGCCAUCGCCGGCGAGAAGGUGAGAAAGAUGUCCGCCAAGGUGACAGCCGCGGAUGAGACCGCCGCGUGCGCCGACUACUACACGAAAGCGGGCAUCUCGAGCUCGCUGGGCGUGUGCGUGGCCACCACGUCGUCCAGGCGCCGCGCCCUCGCCGCGUCCGCCUACGACGUGGAGGUGUUGUUCAAAUCCUCCGAGAUUUCCACCUCCAAGCUGACCGCCGCGGCCAGCUCGCUCGAGGCGGCGGGGGUCACCGGGGUCACCACGCAGACCUCGGUGGACCCCGUCGCGGAGCUGAAGACCAUCCCUGGCGUGUCCUCGAACAUGGUUGACGAUUUCAAGGUCAAGGCGGAUGCGGCGGCGGCGGCACCGGUGCCAUCGCCGCCGCCGCCGUCGGGCGACGACCUGAUCCUCGACAAGCCGGUGAGCGAGGGCUCGAGGGGCGGCGCGUCGAUUGUUGCGAUCGCGGCGAUCGUGAUUGUGAAUAUGAUGCUGUGAACGUCGAGUGCGGUUGUCGCAAAUGCCCAGUGCGCUUGCGACGCCGUGCCGACUGAUUGCCCGGACUGGGCACUGCCUUAUUUGUACAUUUGUGACUGAAGUGUUAUCAUUACCACAGCUCUUCUUCAUC